AAUGCUUUAGUUAUCUGUGCUUCAGUGCUCAGCGCUUGAAUGACAUGAAGACUGGGAGAGAGCUGGGGUUCCGCUGAGGUGUAAACAGUUUGUUGGAAACAAGUCGGCAUUACGGAAAUGACAUAAACCACUGUGAUUCAAAGGUGGUGCAAGUGCAGUCACAUACAAGCUGAAUGCUCUUAGUUGAACCAGUCUCUUUGUGUUUUAUUGAUAUAUAUCUGCAUUCGGAGACAUGCUGUUCAAAAUUCAGAUUUGGGCCUGGUCGAUCUUACUGUAUUGUAACAUUCCAGCUUCAUGCGGUCAUAGCAGAUGUAACAAGGCAUGUGAGAUUACUGCGUUGGUCAAGGGUACCAUUAACUCUGCUGUCCUACUGCCAUGCAACAUAACCGUGAACCACAUUCAAACUGUGAUGUGGAGCCACGCCGCUGAUUUAGUUACAAUCAGAACACAUGGAUAUGUCAAUUUCUCGGAUAACCGAGGGGGCAGAGUGAAGACGUUUCCCUACUUGUCCAACAAAGGAAAUUUCUCGAUCCGACUGGAACAUCUCCAGCAGUCCGACCUGGGAAUUUACUGCUGUGAGGUACAGCAUGAAUCAUUAUCUGCCUGCAACAAAGUGAACGUUACUCUGGAUGUGCAAAAACAUUUAGAAGAAAACCUAAAAGGGAGCUCUGUGAAGCGCUUCUUGGAAGGCAACUGGUACUAUAUUGUCGCUGCUGGAGUCCUCCUCAUUGCCCUUGUCGUCAUCGUCUGUGCCUGCCACAUGAAGAGAAGAAGUGAACCUGAUGAUGCUGAUUAUGUCAAUGAAGGCUACACUGGAAGCAAUGAGCCAAUGGAUACGGUAUGUGGCCAGAUGGAUGGGGAAGCCAUGAAACAAAAGUCAGAAAAUCAACUGCAGAGUUCUGAUGUACAGCAAAGUGGAAAUCCAGUAACCAUUUAUGAAAACAAUGAACAUGAUCCAAGCUGGACCUGUGUGAGAGAAAUUAAUUCAUACCAAAACACUACAUGUACCUCCAGAACACAACACAUAGCUGAAAAACAACACUAUGUCAACCAGUCUGAAAUUGUGCACACAGUGUCCAAAACAAGGAAGAAUAAAAGGAGCUUAUGGAGAAGAAAAGCUAAUGACAGUAUUGAAUACAAAAAUCCAAUCUAUUCCAACCGUGGGGAGCAGCUUCAUGAGCUUUAGAAUAUUUUACCUAAUUAUAAUACUGUAUAAAGACAGAAUGUGUUUAAGUGUUUCCCAGUCUACUUAAUGCUUUGAUGAUUAUUUUAGCUGCAUUAAGAAAAUUUUAUGUUUUGAAGAACUGCACUGCUGAUAAUUGAUUUUGUGUAUCCUGUACCAAAAAUCUAAAUUACAUGUUUUUCAUUCAGAUGAUAACAUUUUUGUUGUAUUCUUAACCAUGGACAAAAUAGCAAGCAUCAUAUUCUAUAUGUCAGAUAUAUGGUAUACUGAAUACAUUGUACAUUGUAUAGAAAAUAUUCAUUCAUUCGUUCAUUCAUUAUCUAUACCCACUUGCAAACAAAAGAGUAUAACUAAAACUACAACAAUCUAGGUUUGCCACUAUUACCACCCCAUGCCCUUGAUAUAAGCUUGCCAUAAUUAGUUACUUUUACAUUUCUUGCCAUCUGCACAGCUCCCAGCUUAUUGUGCUAUCCCUUACUCAUGCACAGGAGUCAUUGUAUUAGUAUUUUCUGCUUUCCAUAUAGGGGUGGUGCAGUGUUGCUUCACAACGCUGGGACUGGGGUUUGAGUCUCUGCCCUGGUUCUGUGUGUUUGCAUGUUCUCCCCAUGCUACCGUGGGGUGUUCUCUGGGUUCUCCAGUUUCCUGCUAAGGUGAAUUUGAGUUGCCUGAUUGAGUGAAUGUGUGCUCACCUUGCAAUGACAGCAAUGAGGCUCCUCCUCCUUGGUUGUUUCCUACCAUAUGCCCAUAGGCUCCAGACCCCCACAACCCUGAACAGGACAACCAGGUACAGAAAAUGGAUGGAUGACAAUU